GAUUGUUUUUAAAUGUGCCUCUUGAUUCGUCACACCAAAGCUUAAACCAAAAAUAUGAUAAUAGAAGAUUUCUCUGUUAACUUGGCAACGUGGUUCGUGACGUAACAAAGUUGGGCUUCACAUGCCAUGUGUACUUCCACGUAGAACCAACCGGCAGACCAAAAUCUCUUUUGAUUGGAUUAUUUCGAGUGAUGUGAAAGUGUUACACUGAGAAAACUGGAACUGUGUAACUUCUCUUUCACCUUCUGUCUUUGAAUCAGUGCUACACGUAGUUAAAUAUUCCCUUUACCAUAAUGAGGAUCCUGUGGUUACUCCUUCUUAUCCUGCCUGUAGUGAUAUCAAUUUUUGAAAAUGGUAAUAGAAUAGUCAGCUAUGCUGAGGAAGACUCAAUUGAAGAUGAAGGAGAAGCAGAAGUAGAAGAAGUUGGUACUGUAGAAGAAGAGGAAGAGGAGUCUAAAACAACAGCAUCACCAAAUGCAGAUACAACACUGUUAUUUGUUAAACCCACAUUUUCUGGAUCAUCACAAAUGGAAAUACCAGCAGGCCUGCCAGUCGAAUUUCUGGUUGGUUUCCGCAACAAAGGUGAUGAAGACUUCUUAGUAGAAUCCUUGGAGGCAUCUUUCCGGUAUCCCAUGGAUUUCAGCUUUUACAUCCAAAACUUUUCUGCAAUUGGUUACCACAAAACUGUUACACCUGGCAAUGAGGCAACAUUCCACUACAGUUUCAUACCAUCAGAAGCAUUUGCAGGCAGACCAUUUGGGCUCAACAUCAACCUUAUGUACAGAGAUGCUUCAGGCAACCCCUUCCAGGAAGCUGUGUUCAAUGAAACUGUGCAGAUCAUUGAGUUGGAAGAAGGUUUGGAUGGCGAAACAUUCUUCCUGUAUGUGUUCUUAGCAGCUGGUGUUGUACUGUUGCUUGUGAUUGGCCAGCAGACUCUAUUGUCUGUUGGAAAGAAGCGUUCACCCAGCAGUAGGAAAGCAGCACCUGUAGAAACUGGCACCAACAACCCUAACAAUGUAGAUUAUGAUUGGUUGCCAAGGCAGACAUUAGCUAGCUUAAACAAAGAAAAAUCCCAGAAGUCGCCAAAGGCAGGUAAACAACAAAGCCCAAGGCAACGCAAAGUAAAAAGAUCGACAGGCUCAGAAUAAGUCCUACCAACAUCCAUCGACUCAUUGACUGAUUAGCAUAUAAAAAUUCCAUUUCAUUUUUAUAUAGCAUUCUGUUGUUCAUGUUCAUAUACUUUUAAUGCUCAGAUUGCACUAUUGUCAACAAUUUUUUCUAUUCUCACAAGUAUAUCGUGAAUCUUUGCAGUAUAUUGCUAACGAGAACAAAAAUAUUUUCAUACACAAUAGUCUUUUAUUAGUUUACUAUGAACAAGUUGGCAGUUAUAAUUAAAAUAUGCCAGUUGUACUGAUGGAAAAAUUUGUAAACAUAAUUUCCAACAAAAAGUAAAAAGACCAACAUUUUGUCAUGUUCACCAUAAGCAAACGCUAUUAGUCAAAAUAUGGUUGUGUGUAUGGACUUUUGAGCAUCAAAGAUUCACAUAUUGUAUUUCAAUGGUGUCUUAGUCAUUUUCCCAAGGAAAAUACCGACAUGCUCAGGGUAUCCUGAAAGUUGGAACUUUCCUUUUCAGGAACUACAAUGCUUGACAUAACAAAGCUAAUAUGUGGUGAAACAGAGAAAUUUCAAGUAUUUCUCUGUGGCUGUUCGAAGUUGCCAUUAGUAAAAUGCUUCAUAGAAAGUACGGGUAUUGGAGUCCAGCCAAAGAAUAAAAGGUCCAAUGAGUAUUUAUCAUGCCAUCUCAAACUUAUAAAGGAAAUGUUUGUUGAAAAUGUGACCGACUUUGUGAGGAUUUUCCAAUGACCACACAUGAGUAUUUCGAAAGUUUUUCACACAGUUACGCGUGAAGGUUGAUUCGCCCGUGAUUGAUAUAGACUUCAAUUCCGGAUUAUUUUCAUGAAGGUGCAACAACUACUCACAACAACGCACUAUUACAGAAAAAUCCUCAGCUCGGAGGGCUUGUACACGUUGUACGUAAGGAGGGUACAAUCCAUCAUCAUGCAGUAUUUGCUACACUUUGUCUUGGAGACUUGCACUCGUCUAGCCAGUUCUCUAGUGAUCCUAUCAUCAAUUUGCAGCAUUUGGGGUUGUUUAGGUCUUACACUGUGCCCAUCUCGAAAUUUCUCUAAACGAACUGUAUCUCUAGCUCUUUGCAUAAGGUAAACAAAUCACGUGGCCAUGAAUCUUAACAUCUGGGAAAACAAUCUGCAUACACGCGCGACGUUGUGUUUUGAAGACACUUAACCAUAAAUUAAACUCAUGUCGACAAAAGUUCGAUAUUGCUGUACGAGUGUGCCAACUUUAGUUUUUUUUUUCGUACCGAUUGGUAAAUAAAUGUUUUGUUUACCUACGCUGUCAGUGCGGAGUACUGACGUGCGUUUUCACUUUUGAUCUGAUCGCGAUUGCAGGAGCGGAUUAAGUUCGAUUAAUUUUGCGGAGCCUAAUAUCUCAAGUCUUUUGUGUAUGCUACACUAGGAAAAACCGCUUAUUUUUUCCAGAUCUAUACGCCGUGUAAAGGAAAGUCCAAAUUUGCGGUUACCCCGUAUAGGUUUUACUAACGAGUUAUAAAAUCAAGCAAAAUAAAAUAAUGGCAACUGAACUCUAAAUACGAGAGUGUGUUGUCAUAGACAAGGCCGUAAUCAUAAAAUACAUUGUAUAAAUAAUACAUGCGAUUGAGUAGUUCUUAAAUUUAUUUAAAAUAGUAUCAAUAGAUUUUAUAAAGCUAAGGUGUUAUCAUUAAAUUAUUGAUCGUUUUUCUCUAGUUUUUACGUUUGAUGUGUUGUGAUUCAUUUUAAAUCAGUAAUAAGUUUAUAGACAAUGCACUGUAUAUAUUCCAAUUGCGCCACUAUGGUGGAUUUGAAUAUUUCGAAAAUAAAAGUUUGUUACAAAAUUGUAAA